AUGUCUCAACAACAACAAAGUUCAUUUUGUGACGAAUCGGCUGGUUCGAUGAGUGAUCACAAUAGUUUUUAUCAUAAUAUUUAUGCUCAACAAGAAGAAUUAGAAGUAGCUACGCUACCGGCAAGACGUCGUGAAUGUACUAAUUUCUAUUUUGACAAACUCUACGCAGCAACAUUAGUACAACAGCCUGGAGCAAAAAAUGCUAUCCGAACUGGUGGAAGAAGAAAUAAAAAUGAAAUAUUAGGUUUAACACUUGCACGUUUACUCAAAGAAAAAUAUCUAAAUGGCAUUACCUAUUCACGAAAUAUGGAACUUUCAUGUGGCAUUCCAACAAAUGUAAACAAUGGUGAAUUUAUACUUGUUCUUCGUACUGAUGGUCGUAUUGUAGCUAUUAGUGAUGAAGCUGAACAUCAUUUUGGAAAAUCAAUGCGUUCAUUAUAUACGCAAUUUAUAAAUAUUUUUGAAUGCCUUAAUAAAACUGAUGGUGAUAAAUUACGAUCGAUUCUCAAUUCUUCAAAUGAGUUUGCUCAUCAAGAUCAUCAACUUGUUUGUACUUUUCGUUUGCCGAAAGGUAAACGACCAAGUCGAGCAAAUGAAGAUGUCAAGACAAUAUCAAUGGUUGGCCAUCUUUAUUCCUGUGAUGAUUCGCCAACAGGUGAAAAAUUAUUUAUUGCUCGUUGUGAAGCUUUAGUGUCUCAAAAAACAAAAGGAUCAAGUUCAUCACAAACAGCUAUGAUGAUUCAUAAUGAUAAUGUAAAAUCAAUGAUAAAAAUAACAUUAAAUGGAGAUAUGUCAAUUAAUACCGUUUCAUCAAAUGUUAAAGAAAUUCUUGGUUAUACAAACAAUGAAAUGAGUGGUAAUUGGAUAGGAAGAUAUAUACCAGAAAAUGAUUUGGAAAAAUUUGAAAAAAUUCAACAAAAAUUUUUUCAACAUGAAGAACAACAACAACAACAACCAAAACCAUUACCAAUGAAUGUUUGUGAAAUACUCGAUAUAUAUACGAAUUAUGGUGAUGGACGUUUAACAUUUUCUUGUCAAAUACGACUAAAACGUCAGCGACGAUCAAAAUUAAUUGAAUUUGAAAUCGUUGCUCAACCUGUUGAUCCAUCAUUACGAGACGAUUAUGUUAAAUAUAUUCAAUCGGAAUCAAAACCUAGUCCGAUAUCAAAUGAAGCCCAACAAGUAAAUUUCGUGCCAUCAUCCAUAUCGGAAGCGAGUAAAGACUCAAUCAUGGCCCAUAGUCCGUCACUCGCCAUGGGGCUCCUCAUAUUCGAUAACGGCAAAUCAAACGACUUCACCCAACAGCAGCAAUGUUCCACAUUCAGCCGGCAACUUUCGAACGUUGUUGCACCGGUCAAUUUCAAUGAUGAAUUUUGGGAGCAACUAUUCAACGUCGACUACAACCCAGAUCCAGCGCCAGCAAAUUUUCAAUAUUGGCCAACAGACUCCUUCAAUGAUACCUUCAUCUCAUGCCAAUCGGACUUUGAAUUAGCAAGUUAUUUUGAAGAGUAUUUAGGUGGACACUAA